UAUAUUAAAAGUGAGGUUAUGAUUUUGUUUACAUCGUUGUUUUUGACGUUUUAAACGUGUUUUAAACUAUAAUAUUUAAAUUCAUACUAAAUAAAAAAACAAAAAUCAUUAAAUUUCUAUGUAAAAUUAUGUUCAAUUAGUGUUAAUUAUAAAUUAAAAAAGAGUGAAAACAUUUUAAAAUGAGCUCGGGAGGAAAGAUACCAUUCUAUCGGAACAAUAAUAAAUGGAAAUAUAUAAAGAAAAAGAAAGCUUCGGAAAAUGAAAAGAAUGAGGAAAAUAAGAAUAAAAAUAAAAAAAGAAGUCGAGACGAAGAAAAUGUUGAAAAUCGUGAAAUUGAUGGAUACGAGGCAUCAAAUCCAGAUGAUCAGGAACCGCAACAUGCAAAGAAAAAAAGAAAGAAAGAUAUUCCUUAUACAGGAUGGGAUCUUUACUUUCAUGAUGAAGAAUAUGAUAAAAAAUCCGAAACCGUUAAGAAAAUAAGAGUCAUGGAAAAUUAUUUGACGGAAAAUCAAGAAUUAAUAUCAAAAGCCCAUUUGGAAGUUGGUGGUCCAUUUAAUUUGGAUGUAAAUAAAAUAUACGAAAGUCAAAUUUUUAAGGAAAAAUGGCCCGAAUUUCAAGAGGAUUUAAAAAAUAAUCCAUCUCAUAUACUUAAUUGCAUUGGUGUUGCGGUUCAUCAGACAAUUGAGAAUACGUUAAAAGUAAAUGACAGUGAAUGUUCUGAUGAAGUGCCUCUAAUUAGAGUUAGAGUUUUAAAUUAUUUACCAGUUGUACCCUUGAAAAAUCUUCGAGUGAAUUAUUAUGGUCAAUUAAUUACAAUUAGAGGUUGUGUGAUGCGAGUGGGAAAAGUUUUACAAUUGGCACAAUGGAAUGUUUAUAAAUGUUUGAAAUGUAAUUUAAAAACAGUGGUUUAUCAACCAGGUGGAGUUCCGACAUUACCGAAAAAAUGUGAUUGUGGAGCAAUGAAAUUUGAUAUCGAAGACGAUUCUCCUUAUUCAAAAACAAUUCCUUUUCAAAAAAUCAGAUUACAGGAGCAUUUAGGUGAUAAUCAGGACGAUAGACGGGGAACACUUCGAGUAAUUGACGUGGAACUUGUGGAGGAUUUAGUUGAUACCUGUAUGCCAGGAGCGGAUGUUGUUGUAACCGGAAUUGUUAAAGGUCAAGAUAAUGAAUCAUCAAAAUCGAAAAAAGUUGGAGAUCCUAAAUUUCAAUUGCACAUUGAAGCUGUUUCAAUAACGAGUAAUAAGACAAAUUCCAAGACAAAGGGUGUGAUGAUGAUCGAUCUCAAUUAUCAUGAUUACGCGGCUAUUAGUGAAAUUCAAUGUCAUGAAAAUGUUUUUGCUCUUUUAAUAAAUUCAAUGUGCCCCAGUAUUUAUGGACAUGAAUUAGUUAAAGCGGGAUUAUUAUUGAGUUUAUUUGGUGGAAGUUCACCAAAUUCUGAAGUACGUGAGGAUAUACAUGUAUUACUUGUUGGCGAUCCAGGACUUGGAAAAUCACAAAUGUUAAUCGCUUGCUCUCGCAUUGCACCACGAGGUGUUUAUAUCUGUGGAAAUGCAAGCACAGCAUCGGGCUUGACAGUGACUUUGAUAAAGGAACCGGGAACAAAUGAUUAUAUCCUUGAACCUGGAGCUUUAGUUCUGGCAAACAGAGGAUGUUGUGUUAUUGACGAAUUUGAUAAAAUGACUAAUCAACAUCAGGCCUUAUUGGAGGCAAUGGAGCAGCAAUGUGUGAGUGUUGCAAAAUCCGGUGUACUUUGGUCCCUUCCGGCAAGAACAUCAAUUUUGGCAGCGGCAAAUCCAAUUGGCGGACAUUACAAUAAAACAAAAACAAUUCGAGAGAAUUUAAAUCUCAGUCAACCGCUUUUGUCGAGAUUCGAUCUUGUCUAUCUUCUCCUUGACAAUCCUGAUAAGGAUCACGAUGCACGUAUUAUUCAACAUUUGGCAAAAAAUAAAAAAACAAAAAAUGUCAAUGAAUCGAGAACAAUGUUGAAUCAAUCCACAAGUUCAAAGCAUAAAUUUGAUACUUUUAAAGAAUCAUUGGUGCAUUUUAUAAAAAAUAAUUCAAAUUUUGUACCACAAGGAAUUUUACGUAAAUAUAUUGCGUACGCUCGACAAUAUGUGAGGCCACGAUUAACAAGCGAAGCUCAAAGUGUUUUAUUAAAAUUUUAUUUAGAACUACGAGAACGUAAGGAAAAAAUUGGUAAUAUUCCAAUUUUCUUUCGAACACUUGAAGCUUUAAUUAGAUUGACAUUGGCUCGAGCAAAAGUCGAUUUACGACAAGAUGCAACUGAGUUUGAUGCAUUGGAUGUUAUUGAAAUUAUGAAUGAAACAAUAAAUAACAUACCAGAUGAUGUGAGUCCAUUUUUUAGUGGUAAUCUUUCAGCAGCUGGUGGUAAACCAACGAAAAAUAAGAUCAAGGCGUUUAUAAAUCUAUUGAAACAAGAGAGACGAUCAGAAAAGCAACUUUUCUCAUUGAAUGAAUUAAAUGAAAUAGCUGAAAAUGGAGGAAUUGCAAUCGAUGAUAUACGUGAAUUUAUUGAUCAGCUCAAUGAAAAAGGAUUCCUUAUUAAAAAAGGAACAGAUUUAUAUAAAUUUUUGCCAAAUUAAAAGUAUUAUUAAUUUAUAAUUAUAGAAAUUAUUCGAUUUCUCAAAUGAGUUUAUGUAAUAGAUAUAUAUUUAUAAAUGUUUUUUAUUAAUUAAAUUGUUAAAUCAGUUGAUUGUUAAAAAUAUUUAAAAAAGAAAGAAAGAAGAAAAAUGUUUAUUUGAUAGACAAAUGUAUUAAAGAAAAGGAAAGAAAAUUCUAUUUUCUAUUAAUAUAAAAAGAUUUUUACCUUU